GUCCGACGCAUUUCCACAAACCGGUUCAGCAUGAUCAAAUCACCGUCACUGUGUGCUCUUUUAUUGACUCUGAACAUCAUCAGCUCUGUUAACAGUGCGGAAACAAUUAAAUGCUACGUAUGCUCUCACUGCCCAGUGCCGUUUGAACCCGAAGGGGCGAGACAACUUGGCAAUUGCAACUACUGCAGGACCCAAUACAACUACCUCUCUGCUGACCGCGUUCGCAUAGAGAAAGACUGUGUUGUCAGCUGUGUGGAAAAAGACCGUGUUCACAACUCACAAGGCAUGAAAACCGAGUGCUGUACAACAAACCUGUGCAAUCCUGCCACGACCGCAACGCCAAGUCGACGUAUACUAGCUACAGCUGGUCUUCUGAUGUCGCUUAUUUCUUCCAAAUCGCUGUUGUAGAUGCACACGUGACAAAAUUUGAAUGCCUUUUCUGAGCUUGGUAAAAUAAGAUAAUCUAAUUUUCAAUUCUGAAUCCACUCAAUUCCCUAUGUGCGCUAGAUCACAAGCAUCCACUAUACACAACUUCUGUUGAUUUUUGUGUUACUUACUUCGCUUUCUGUCCCAAGAAAACCUUAUAUAUCCUUCAUAGGUGACAUUACCCAAUGUGACCCCCGGCGCAAAGUACCAGUAACCAGCCGUAAUCAUAUAGUUACCUAUAAGCAGAGAUGCACUGCUCGUCGACUUUUGUCAGCAAUUCCUCUCCCUCCAAAAAAACAGGCGUGCUUCAGAGUGCAACCCAUAUACACCUAUUUCUUUGUUUCCGUGUUCCAGACUUCCAUGUGUUUUGUUUCUAGUCAAUAAAUAUAUCUUAGAAUAAUCCAGA